UCACACAUAAGAUCAAGAUCAAGGCAUCACCAUCAAGAUUAUCUAGAAAUUGGUCUUUCUUGGCUGGCCGUUACUACAGGAGGAAAAUUUGGGAGGCUGGGAGAGGGAGAUAGGUGGGAUAUGGACCUGUCUCAAACACGCCAGGCACCAGUCGAGUACCAAUAUGUGCACAGAAGGGCUGGACAUGUCAUGGUGGCCUACCAGAAGAGGCUGUAUGUUUGGGGAGGGUAUAUGGAGCUGCCCCACUCCCAGGCAUACACCUUCAUGACCAGCAGCAAGUCGUCCUACCACAGCGCCAUUGAUGUGUGGGUGUUCGAUCCACUCCUCAACAUGUGGACAAGAAAGAUGAGCCGGGGUGAUAUUCCACAGCAGCUCUCCGGGUCCUGUGCGGCUGUACACGACGACCACAUGUACAUGUUUGGAGGCUGGGCAAACAUUGCAUCUGAUAAUAUGGAAAAUAAUCUCAAUUUCCUUUGGCGUCUUCAACUCCCCACACUCACCUGGACACUACUGGCCCCCAAUGGGACUCCCCCCUUCCCUUGUGAUAAAGCUGCCUGCUGGGUACACAACAAUAGGUUCUUUGUGUUUGGUGGCUUUGGUCCGGCCAGAAGCUCAAGUCAGAUGGAAGAUGUCGGCGUCAACUUUGUGAGGGAUGAUGUUUACUACAGUGGCUGGAUUGAUCAGCUGGUCUACUAUGAUAUAGAGAAUAACGAGUGGGUGUGGCCAAGAACUAAAGGGGUGAAGCCGUCCCCUCGAGCAGCACACGCGGCAGACGUGUGCGGGGACAAGGUGUACAUAUUUGGCGGUAGAUUUAAAAAUGCAAGGAUGAAUGAAUUGCACUGCUUAAACCUUAGGAACUGGACUUGGAGUGGAAACUUGAUGGAUGACACCCUGCAAGACAUCCCUGUCGGCAGGUCUUGGCACACAUUCAAGUUUGUAUCAGAGAAUAAGGCUGUGUUGUAUGGAGGAUUCAACUCUACUGAGCAAGUUCUAAAUGACAUUUGGGUGCUGGACGUCAGAAGCAAGAAGUGGUGCAAGACCCUCAACUGCCGUGCCAGUUCUCGGCUUUGGCACACUGCAGCCGUCGCCCAUCCUGGUGAAAUAACAUUUUAUGGGGGAAUUCAGAACAAUUUGCUGGAUAACACAAGGCCAAAGGACCAUGCUGAGGAAAUGCUAGUGCUGAGAUUUAGUCCUCCUUGCUUAAAGAGGCUAACCAUCGAGGCAAUCUGUGAGGCUGGUGAGAUGCUGCGAUCCCAGUGGAAAGUGUUGCCCCAGAUUCUGCAACACAUCCUGGCCGUGCGUCUCUCACCCGACAACUUCAGUUAGCACAUGAUGCCAGUGGAGGACGGCACUGCCAGCGCUCUUGUCACUCUGCAGAUUGGCUCAAAACCCUCAGACAUACAGAAGUGCUUGUCACCGCCCCCAGCUGUGCCCCACUUCCCCGACGUCUAUUACUGCAUUCCUGUUCUGAUUAUUGUCAUCAUUACGCUAAACCUGUUAAUUGUUAUUCUUUCUCAACUGGGAUGUUUCUGAUUUUUGGCUGUAGCUUGUUUGGUACAUUCAGUCUUUCUUCUGUGAGAGUCAUUGUUUGAUAAUGUUGAACUUUGAGUGCCUUCAGAAGUUUCCCAACCUGAGUAUAGAGUCACAUAGCUGAUGCCUAAGUUCUAACCUGCCAGCCAUCACUGUCAUGCAUAAUUCGCCAAUAUUGAAUAUUAUAGUAUGCACUUUUCAUUUAUUAUUUUCUUACGACAGACAUGCAGCUUAGCUAACAGACAAUGAGUCACAUGGCCAAGGUUUUAUUAUCCUGAGUCACUGUGCAUUCAGCACUGAAGGUUUCCUGUGAAGCAAAAAUAUAAGUCAAUUAUAAGAUUAAGCCCAAGAAGUUGUCCACAGCAGUCACUGGGAUAACUGUGACUGUCAGUCCCGUCACUGUACAGACAUUACUCAAUCCAUGCUUGGUAGUUAGACCAAAACUGUUGUAAUGAACUCAAGAAGUGGUUUUCUAAAUUCUAAAUGUUUGGUAGCUUGGAGUAGAACACAGCUGUGGUAACUUAUGAAAACUGGUAAUCUAAAUUUUAUCAGGUUGUAAAAUGUUGUUUGCACAUAAAAAUGACUUCAGAUUCAAUGCUCAACAUUGUGACUUGCAAAUAAUUCAUGUGAUGUAACUCUGUUAUUGUGAAAUAUUGGAUAGAUUUUACAGAACACUUGGUUUUUAUGUGCAACUGCAUUACAAGUCACUUUGUAACAAGUGUACUAUACUGCUUAAGUUUGUGCUUCAACAAACAUCAGCUAGAAAUUAUUUUCAGUUUCUCUUUGAUUUAGUAGAAUUUUCAAAAUUUAGAAAAAAUAGUGGAAUAUUCCUGUGAUCCAAAGUGGUUUGCUGACUCCAUGACAGACAAUGUACCUCCAUCUUGCGGCUCAUUGGUGCAACAAAUCUUGCUUUACUUUUAAUUUGGUGGGGAAUUCCACUAUUUUAGAGAGGAAGUGAAAAGGCCUUGAAUUAGAUAAAUAGAGUGCAGCGUUGAAUAAUGGUCUUACUUUGCUUUCUUACCUUGCAGCAACUCUUUCUGUGCAUGCAAGGUGGCACCCGUGGGGAAAAGGUUUUUUCCUGCACCCUGUACAUACAAGAGGGAAAAUAAAGAUGGGUGGUUGUCAUGCAGUAAACCUUUACAUGCAAGGCAGCAUCCAAGAGGGGAUAAAAAGGAAAGAAAUCAGAACAGGAAUCCAAAUUACUCAGAAGAGACUUGGAUUUGAAACAGGAAAAUACAAUUUACUCAAACAAA